CAAGGCUGUGUACAUCAUUCACCGUUAUGGCACAUGAAUUCACAGCAAGCAGAGAAGGAACCGCCAACCCACGCCAUGCCAACCUCACGUCGUCUCUCGAUCUGAGCACGUCGCUGGAUCACAGCGUCCAGACGCGCAUUUUUAAAAUAAUUGUGAUCGGGGACUCAAAUGUGGGUAAGACCUGUUUAACCUUCCGCUUCACCGGCAGAUCCUUCCCAUGCAAGACUGAAGCCACCAUCGGCGUGGAUUUCAGGGAGAAAGCCGUGGAGAUCGAGGGCGAGAAAAUAAAGGUACAAGUAUGGGACACAGCAGGCCAGGAACGCUUUCGCAAGAGCAUGGUGGAGCAUUACUACCGCAACGUGCAUGCUGUCGUAUUCGUGUACGAUGUCACUAAAAUGGCCUCUUUCCAGAAUUUAAAGACCUGGAUUCAGGAGUGCAACGGGCAUGGUGUGUCAUCCGCUGUGCCUCGUGUCCUGGUGGGCAACAAGUGCGAUCUGAUUGACCAGAUUCAGGUCCCCUCCAACACUGCCCUCAAGUUUGCCGAUGCCCAUAACAUGCUGCUAUUUGAAACGUCAGCCAAAGAUCCAAAGGAGAGCCAGAACGUGGACUCCAUUUUCAUGUGCCUGGCGUGUCGUCUAAAAGCCCAAAAGUCUCUGAUCUACAGAGAUGUGGAGAGAGAAGAUGGUAGAGUCAGACUGACCCAUCAACCAGGCCCUAAAAGUAACUGCCUGUGCUGAGGACCUUAAACUGUGAAAUUAGUAACGUUUAUAAUUUGCAUUGAAACAAUGUGCCUGCAACUAAGACAUUUUACUUUGACAACUGCACCAACUGACCUUGAGUUUCUCUGUAUGUGCUUAUCUUUAGUUUUCAAGAAUUACAUCAUUAAAAACAGUUAGAUGUGGAUGAAACACAUGUAACCUGACAAGAAAAAGUCUAGGUCAUAUUUCACCUUGUUUUUUUUAUAUAUAUUUUGCUUAAACAGAGCUUUUUUUUAGGACCAUUAUUUUCUUUUUCUUUUUCAUUGUGACAUUAUUUAAUGACAAUUAAGCACAUUUUCCCUUCUCAUUUAUGUAAUGCAUAAAGAAUCUCAUUCUGAUUACUGUAAUGUGAA